GCACAUCCGGCACAUCCAGGGCAGCCACAACGCCACCCAUUACUCAGAAUCAGGAACAAGUCUGUGAACCCGCGGAUCAGGGACCAGAACCAUUCAAUGGACUAUUUAUUUCCUUCGCUUUUUGUGUCCACUGUCCCCUGGGUGUCCUUUUCUCCCAAUAAUCAGUCACGCGCCCAAUUUCCAACCCCAUAGUGAUCGCCGGGGUUUUCUCGGGAUCCCCCUCUCAGGGGCUCGCCCGCUGGCCCGCUGCGCUCGCUGGGCAGGUGAUGGCUCCGCACUUGCACUGCAAGCCCAGAAAUUACGGCUCUCGGCGCGACGCUAGGAUGGGGACUCUGGAUGGGUGCGAUACCACCGCAGUGCGGGGAGGGCUUGGAUAGGAAGGUGGUGGCUGCAGAAUGACCGAUAUCCACUUCUUGGCCCUGAAGCUGGGGGUGGAUGCGGUGCCAAAGGGGGGCCCCGAUGGCCGGAGAAAAAGAAAGCAGAAAAAGAUGGGUAUAAAGAGGGCUGCGACGGAUACUGUCGGUUCAUCUCUUUCCCUUCGAAUAGACAAGAACGAACAGGAGAAGAAAGUCGGCAAUGUACUCUCUUGCCCGUGCUGUCUUCCCCUUGCUGGCGGCCGCUGGCCUCACCGCUGCUGCCACCCCAUAUGCGCCGCAGACCCCUCCCCUUACCACAGAAUGGACCGACAAGGUCGGGACGAAUCCAUGGCCCGAGUAUCCGCGUCCCCAGCUGCAGCGCGAGCAGUGGCAGAAUCUGAAUGGGAUCUGGCAGUAUCGGAAUGCCGGCAAUGCGGGGGCUCUCGAGGCGCCGCCAUUUGGGCAGGAGCUGGAUACUGAGGUGAUGAUUCCGUCGUGUUUGGAGAGUGGGCUUUCAGGUCUGCAAGGACAGCACACAAUCUACUCGUGGCUAUCGACGAACUUUUCUGUUCCCGAUGCUUGGGAGGGUCAGCGUGUCUUGCUGAACUUUGGAGCGGUGGACUACGAGGCGACAAUCUUUAUCAACGGACAGAAUGUCGGCUUCAACCGCGGAGGGUACUUUGAGUUUACUGUUGAUGCCACUGACGCUGUCAACUUUGGUGCUGACAACGAGCUGCUCGUCUUUGUCUUCGACCCCACCGAUGGCGACGGCGCCGUUAUCCCCAUCGGCAAACAGACGCUCAACCUCCGCCACAUCUUCUACACCCCCUGCAGCGGCAUCUGGCAGAGCGUGUGGCUCGAGGCUGUCCCCCAAGAGUACAUCACCAAGCUGGACCUGACCGCCGACAUGAACGGCGAGAUCACCGCAAUCGUGCACAGCGCGUCAGGCUCCGGCGCCCCCGUCGAGGUCCGCGUCGAGCAAGGCGACGAGACCAUCGCCACACACACCGCAACCGCAGACGAGUUCUUCACCUUUACCGUCGACGACGUCAAGCUGUGGUCUCCUGAUUCGCCGAACCUGUACAACCUCACCGUCGUUCUUGGUGACGAUGAAAUCAGCAGCUACACCGGCUUCCGCACCAUCUCCAAGGGUACGGUUGACGGCGUGGUUCGUCCUCUCGUCAACGGCGAGUUCCGCUUCAUCUUUGGGACGCUCGAUCAGGGAUACUGGCCGGAUGGCCUCUAUACGCCUCCGAAUCGUGAGGCCAUGAUCUACGACCUGCAACUCCUCAAGGAUCUCGGCUUCAACAUGGUCCGCAAACACAUAAAAGUCGAACCCGCCCUCUUCUACCGCGCCUGCGACGAGCUGGGCCUCCUCGUAAUCCAAGACAUGCCAUCCAUGGCCCUGGUGGAACCCAACGCCGCGCAGCAGGACGAAUUCGCGCGCCAGCUCGACGUCCUCGUCAACCAGCUCAAGAGCUACCCGAGUAUCAUGUCUUGGGUCAUCUACAACGAGGGCUGGUCACAGAUUGUGUCGACGAAUCCGGAGUUUGCGCUUACGGAGCGGGUGCGCGAAUUGGAUCCCACACGGCUGGUUAAUGCCGUUAGUGGGUGGCAUGAUCACGGGGCCGGGGAUUAUAGUGACAACCACCACUACGCGAACCCACAGUGCGGAACACCGUUCUACUCCUACCCCGCAAGCCCCUACGACCCCGAGCGAAUCGGGAUCCAGGGUGAAUUCGGCGGGAUCGGACAUAACGUCUCGAUUGAGAACCUCUGGAACAAUCCCAUCGCAAUCUCGCUAAUCCACGAAACAUACGAGAUCAGCGCGGAGCUCGACACGUGGAACUACCGGGGCCACUUUUUACUCAGCGAGCUGCGUGACCAGAUCCAGCGGUUUUCGUGCAGUGCGGCGGUCUGGACGCAGACGACGGACGUCGAGGGCGAGAUCAAUGGGCUGAUGACGUAUGAUCGCCGCGUGAAGAGGGUGAAUGAACAGCAGUGGAAAGACGAUAUUGAGGCGCUUUAUAGCGCGGCGAGGGGGAGGGGGGCUGCCAGGUGAAGUGGGGAGUAAAUGGAGUAUAUACAUAGGGGAGGGGGUUGCAUUUGGAUUAUCUUUGGAAGGAUUUUGCUUUCUCUUGCAUAUAUUUAAUCACGUUUUCUUGUUGAUUUGAAUAGCUUUCUGAAUGACUAAUGCUAGCUGUAACCUGUUGAUC